AUGGCAGACAACCGACUGCUACCAGUACCAAAGCCCAUGGAACUGACAGGGGAUGUUGCGCAAAACUGGGAAAUUUUCAAAGAUGAAUGGGCCAGCUAUGAGAUUGCUACAGAGAAGAACAAGAAACCAAAGGAAAUCCGAGUAGCAACACUGAAGACCGUGAUUGGUAGAGAUUGCUUGGACAUUCUAAGGAACUUAGAUAUUCCAGCCGACCCAAAUCAGCCAAACGUAGACCCCAGGCAAGACCCCGAUAAGAUUAUAGAAGCCUUAGAUAAGCACUUCAAGCCCUUGAAGAAUACUGUGUAUGAGAGAUACAAAUUCAAUACAUGUGAACAAGCCCAGGGAGAAAGCAUCGAAGCGUACGUGGCACGCCUGAGGAAGUUAGUGUCAACGUGUGAGUAUGGCGCUCUGAAGGAUGAGAUGCUGCGAGACCGAAUCGUGCUUGGAGUUCGAGACAACAAAGUGAGAAUGCGGCUGUUGAAGCAGAAGAAUCUCACAUUACAAGCAGCACUAGAAGAAUGUAAGGCCAGUGAGACAACGAACAAGCAACUCAAGGCCAUGCAGAGCAAUGGGGCAGAGACCGUGCAUUAUGCCAAGACAAGGCCAAGUCGAAGCCAAGGCCAAGCCAAGACGAAGUUUAAGCAGCCACACAGAAGGACGCAGAUGCCAGAAUCCAACUGUGGUUACUGUGGAAAAUACCAUGCUAAAGACAAGAGUAAAUGCCCAGCAUUUGGAAAGAAAUGCGCGAAGUGUGAUAAGCCCAAUCACUUCGCCAGGGUUUGCAAAGAAGGCAGCAAGAAGAUACACAUGAUACAAGGCAACGUGGCAGAAGAGGACGAAGAAGUAUACACUGUGGGUACAGUGUCAUGCAAUGACAAGAAAUGGUACGUCGACCUGAGGAUGAGCGAGGGAAAAACACUACGCUGUCAGAUCGACACCGGAGCCACUUGCAAUGUAAUCAGCGAAGCUGACUUCAAGAAGUAUGGACAGAGGACGACGCCAAGCAGGGCAAGACUGAAGCUGCACGACGGUUCUAUCCUGAAGCCAAUAGGCCAAGUAGUCCUGAAGACGAGACAUCAAGGCAAGGUCAUUGACCUGGAGUUCCAGAUUGUCAAGACACGUCAGAGUCCUCUACUAUCAGCUGAAACAUGCACCAUGUUAGGACUGAUCACCCCCAACACGGUCAACCAAGUCAGCACCACAGAACAGAUAGUAGAGAAAUACGCCGAUGUCUUGGAAGGAUUGGGAUGCCUACCUGGAGAGUACCACAUAGAGAUUGACAAGGGUGUCAAGCCAGUCCAACAUCUACCCAGACGCGUCCCAGUUCCUCUGAAAGCAGAACUAAAAGCGAAGAUCAAAGAAUUAGAGAGGAAGAACGUGAUCGCCAGAGUCACAAAACCUACAGACUGGAUCUCCAGUAUGGUGGUAGUCAAAAAGCCAGGGAAGAUGAGGAUCUGCUUAGAUCCCAAGGAUCUCAACAUGGCACUCCACCGACCGAAGUAUCAGAUACCAACACUAGAAGAAGUACUGCCAAGGCUCGCCAAGGCCAAAGUGUUCUCAGUACUCGAUGCCAAAGACGGAUUCUGGCAAGUAAAAUUAGAUGAAGAAAGCAGCUAUCUCACGACGUUUGGGACGCCAUUCGGGAGAUUCCGAUGGCUGAGAAUGCCCUUUGGGAUUUCAACGGCUCCAGAGGAAUACCAGAGAAGACAGCACGAAGUGCUAGAAGGUCUCCAAGGUGUAGAUGUCAUAGCAGACGACAUCCUAGUGUUUGGUUGUGGCGACACAGACGAAGAAGCCGACCGAGACCAUGACGUGAACCUUAGCCGACUGCUCGAGCGAGCGCGAGAGAGCAAUCUCAAACUGAACAAGAGGAAGAUGAGACUAAAACUGAAGCAAGUACCCUACAUGGGGCAGCUCCUCACAGCAAGAGGCCUGCGACCAGACCCAGAGAAGGUUAAGGCCAUUGGGAAAAUGCCAACGCCUGACGAUGUCAGAGCUGUACAACGACUGCUUGGUAUGGUGAACUACUUGGCGAAGUUCCUACCACAUCUGUCCGAUGUUUGUGAACCACUGCGUCGACUGACCGACAAAGAUGCCAUAUGGGCAUGGUUACCUGUACAUGACCAAGCAGUGGAAGAGAUCAAGAAGCUGGUGACAGCACAGCCAAUACUACAAUACUACGACGUAGAGAAAGAGGUGACCAUACAGGGAGAUGCAAGUGACAAGGGACUUGGAGCGGCGCUCCUGCAGGAAGGACGCCCGGUAGCGUAUGCUUCGCGAGCUCUAACCCCGACAGAACAGAACUAUGCACAGAUAGAGAAAGAGUGCUUAGCAAUUGUCUUUGCAGCACAGAAGUUCAACCAGUACAUCCACGGCCGAGAAGUGGUAACUGUACAAUCAGAUCACAAGCCUUUGGAAGUGAUCUUCAAGAAGCCUCUCCUUGACGCACCGAAGAGGCUGCAACGAAUGCUCCUGCGUCUGCAGAAAUAUCACCUGAAGGUGACAUACCGCAAAGGAACAGAGAUGCACAUAGCUGACACGCUAUCAAGAGCAUACCUGACGCAGACAGAGAGCAAGACGAGGCGAGACGAGUAUGAGAUACUCAAGAUCCAAGAAGCAGAGAGAGAGGAUCGAGAAAUUGAAGAAGUGAAACCCGCUGAGUACAUCCGAGUGUCCGAUAUGACAUUAGACCGUGUGCGUCUACACACUCAGCGAGACGAAGUCAUGCAAGAAGUGAAGAAGACCAUCAAGAAGGGAUGGCCAGACAAUAAAACGCAGCUGAAGAAAGAAAUCCGAGACUACUGGACAUUCAGAGAUGAAAUCAGCAUGCACGAUGACAUCAUAUACAAGGGACAAGCGAUAGUCAUCCCAGCAGAGCUGCGAGAAGAGAUGAUACAGAAGACACAUGCCAGCCACCAAGGAGCAGAAGCAUGUAUCAGACGAGCCAGAGAAACCAUAUUCUGGCCAGGGAUGAGUGCACAACUGCAGAGGGAACCGCUCAUGCCGCAUCCAACUCCAACGACGCCAUGGAGCAGAGUGUUGAUGGACCUGAUGACACUGGGAAACCAACACUACCUGGUAACAGUAGAUAACUACUCAGACUACUGGGAGCUAGACGAGCUUCACCAGAAUACCACAGCCAGGAAUGUGAUACACAAAUGCAAGCAGAACUUCAGCAGACAUGGAAUACCCAUGGAAGUUGUCACCGACAACGGACCCCAGUUUGCAUCAGAAGAGUUGAAGGAAUUCGCAAAGACCUGGAACUUCAGACAUGUAACAACUUCCCCGUACCACAGCCAAUCAAAUGGAAAGGCUGAAUCAGCAGUAAAAAUAGCCAAGAACCUGUUGAAAAAGGCAGCGGCAGAUGGAAAAGAUCCCUGGAUCUCCAUCUUAGGAUGGCGGAAUACGCCAACACAGGGACAGGACAGUAGCCCAGCACAAAGGCUCAUGUCCAGGAGAACAAGAACACCAGUACCAAUAAUGACAAAAGCACUGGAGCCGAAGGUGGUACAGGACGUACCCCACAGCAUCACAGAGAGAAAAGCCAUGCGCUACGACGAGGGAGCACGAAGUCUUCCACCACUGCAGCCGGGACAGCAGGUGCGAGUAGAAGUGGCACCAAACCGGAAAACGGCCGAGUGGAGGAGUGGCACACUUGUAGAGCGUGUGUCGCCGAGAUCGUACGAAGUAGAAGUCGACGGAGCCAAGUACAGGAGAAACCGAAAACACAUCCGCAAAACGACAGAAGAACCAAAACAUUCAACAGAUGAGGAAACAACAGCUCCAGCAACACCAGAGUCGACAGCAGAAACAACAGCAACAACGCCGUACGUCACGCGAUCCGGUCGAACGGUCAAGGAACCAGAUCGUUUGAACUUGUGA